AUGUUUGGUAUCGAUGCUGCCGAUAUACCUCACGCCAUGUCCGUCAAGGAGAUAGAAAUACACCUCGAACUACAUAUGCUAACCAGUCAGCCGUGGAUGACACAAUCACUCAUUGCAACCACUGGCUACGGUAUAACAGAAGGUCUAGAUUUUCUUUGUAAUUUAUUACCAUUAAACAUAGAUAAUUAUAAUAAUCAUAAUAAUAACAAACAACAACAAUCACAAACUGUAGCACCAGCUGAUGGACUUUAUAUUAAUGAACGUCAACUUAUCACUAUUACUGGUACUGGUUUCGCUACCAAUGGAAACGCAUUGGCCACUGUCAAUGCAACCAAUAUUUGCCCGAUAACCAGUGUCACCUCCACAAGGAUCAUCUGUAACCUACCGUCGAUCGCCACUCCAGGUUUCUAUACUGUUUACGUUAGAAACAAUCCAGUUGACCUUAUCGUUGCUACCGAUAAGGGUUUCACUAUCCAUAUCGGUAAGCGUGUCGCUUUCGUCACGCGAAUCGACCCAUUCGAUUAUGCCAACGGUCCAUCGAAUACAAUGACUUUGUCAGGUACCAAUUUCUUCAGUGGCAUCGUCGUUAGAAUUAGAGUAGCAUCCGACUACUACGGUUGUACACCGACUUCGCUCACUCUCAACCAAGUGAUUUGCACGUUCCCGGCAAUCCCUGCAUACGGUCAUUACAAAGUGUUUUACAAUAAUCCUGGUGAUACUCCGGUGGCAGAGGAAACCGGUAUUUUCUUGAGAGCACCCACACCAACACUGAGCACUAUCACGCCAAAUUCUAUCGAUAUAACCAAGAGUUCCGUUGUCACAUUGACUGGUACACUUUUCGUUUGUUCAUUGGACGCGUCUAACAAUGCCACAAUCAAAGUCAAUGGAAAUGCAGACAUCCUGGACAUACAAACAUGUUCGCCAACUCAACUGAUUACACAAUUCUCACCCAGUGUAGUUCCUACUGGAACUUUCAACGUUAUAGUAUCCAACGGUGCUGUAGCAUCCACCCCUAAAUCUUUAACGUUUACAAAACCAAUUCCUACAAUUACUUCAGUCACUCCCAAUACAAUGCAAUCGAAUACUGCUGGAAAUAUUGUUAUCACAGGUGCUGGUUAUCUUAAUGGUCUAACAACAGUCACUAUCAAUGGAGUUGCCUGUACAUUGGUUAGUGUUACUCAAACAAGUAUUACCUGUACAACACCAUCACAACCAACAGUCUUUGGAACAGUUCCAUUGAUUGUAUCAAACUCUGGUACCAAUUCAAAUAGCUUUAGUUUUACAAGAACUGUCAAUCCACUAAAGAAUAAGGUACCAGUUACAGUUAUUCUGGGUGUAUCAUCGACAACUCUAUUGGUAUGCAACACUCCGGUCACAAUAGUACUGGGUGCUCAACAACUCAAGGUUCAAACCUACUCUAUUACCUCGAAUUUAGUUAGUGUUACAGUCAACGCUCCAACACCAACUUUGACAAGCGUUACUCCAAACACAGUUGUAUCAAACGUCGUUACACCGAUAACAAUCGUUGGUACCAGAUUCCAAUCUGGAGUAUCAUCACCCGCAGUUGGUACUGUUUCAUGCCCUAUUGUUAGCAUUACUUCGACGCGUAUCAUUUGUAAUUCACAACCUCAAUCGAUUGAUUCAGUUUUACAGGUUUUGGUUAACAAUCGUGGCAUACUAUCUAAUACCCUUCCACUCACAAUCAAACCACCAACACCAACCAUCUCAUCAAUUACACCAUCAUCAGUUCCAACCAAUUCGACAACAGCCAUAUCUAUUGCCGGUACCGGUUUUGUCAAUGAAAUGGUUAAAGUUUAUAUCAACGGCGCAGUGAUUACAUUGAAUUCAGUUACAACUACUUUGAUUAUUGGUGUUGCACCAGUUCUCAAUAUUGCUGGAUCCAUUCCUCUGUCAGUCCAAAACUCAGCAUCUGUAACUGAUUCCGAUAUAAUUACAUAUGUUCCACCAACACCAAUCAUUCAAUCAGUUACUCCAAAUUCAAUGGUAUCAAAUGUCAUUACACCAAUCACGAUUGCAGGAUCUGGAUUCCAAACCAGUUUAUCAGUUGUUAAAGUUGGUCAAUUAAAUUGUCCAAUUACAAGCAUUCAGAAUACCAGAAUCAUUUGUAAUUCACAACCUCAAUUGGUUGAUUCCAUCGAAUCAGUUGUUGUUAUAAAUAAUAAUACCAUUACUUCGAAUGCAGUUCCAUUCACCAUCAAACCAUUGACACCAAUCAUUACACAAAUCACACCAUCUUCAGUUCCAACCAAUUCGACAACAAUCAUUUCAAUUUCAGGAACAAAUUUUGUCAAUGGAAUGGUUAAAGUUUAUAUCAACGGUGCAAUAAUCACAUUGAAUUCAGUAACAAGCACACUAAUUAUUGGUGUUGCACCAGUUCUCAAUGAUGCUGGAUCAAUUCCUCUGUCAGUCCAAAACACACCAUAUUUUGCAGAUUCCGAUAUUAUUACAUAUGUUCCACCAACACCAAUCAUUCAAUCAGUAACUCCAAGUUCAAUGGUAUCCGAUAUAGUUACACCAAUCACCAUUACAGGAUCUGGAUUCCAAAACACUUUAUCAGUUGUUAAAGUUGGUCAAUUAAAUUGUCCAAUUACAAGCAUUCAGAAUACCAGAAUCAUUUGUAAUUCACAACCUCAAUUGGUUGAUUCCAUCGAAUUAGUUGUUGUUAUAAAUGAUAAUACUAUUACUUCGAAUGCAGUUCCAUUCACAAUCAAACCACCAGCACCAACUAUAACAGCGAUUACACCAUCUUCAGUUCCAACCAAUUCGACAACAACCAUAUCUAUUGCCGGUACCGGUUUUGUCAAUGGAAUGGUCAAAGUAUAUAUCAACGGUGCAGUAAUCACAUUGAAUUCAGUCACAAGAACAUUAAUUAUUGGUAUCGCACCAGUUCUCAAUAUUGCUGGAUCAAUUCCACUUUUCGUUCAGAAUAAUGCAUAUUUCACAACUUCCAGUUCAAUUACCUAUGUUCCACCAACACCGAUCAUUCAAUCAGUAACUCCAAAUUCGAUGGUAUCCGAUAUAGUUACACCAAUUACGAUUGCAGGAUCUGGAUUCCAAACCAGUUUGUCAACUGUUAAAGUUGGUCAAUUAAAUUGUCCAAUUACAAGUGUUCAGAACACUCAAAUCAUUUGUAAUUCACAACCUCAAUUGGUUCAUUCGAUUGAAUCAGUUGUUGUUACAAAUAAUAAUACAAUUAAUUCCAAUGUUUUAACUUUAACGAUCAAACCACUUGCACCAACCAUUUCGUCAAUCAAUCCAUCGUCAGUUAUCAACAAUCAAACAACAACCAUCUCCAUUACUGGUACUAAUUUUGUCAAUGGAAUGGUCAAAGUUUAUAUCAAUAAUACACUAGUAUCCUUUAGCUUUGUGAGCAAAUCAUUGUUGGUAACUUCCACACCAAGUUCUACAUUUGUUGGACAGGUUCCAGUUUCCGUUUCAAACACUCCAUCGUUGAUUGCCAAUUCCAAUAUCCAGUAUCUGAUGGCAUCUCCAUAUAUAACAUCUCUAUCAUUAUCGGGUGUUUAUACAAAUGAUAAUAUUCCAAUAACAAUAAGUGGUUAUGGAUUCAUUCCAACAAUUAGUAAAGUAACAAUCGAUUCAAUCUAUUGUCAAGUUUUAACUGUUACUCCAAAUUCUAUUAUCAUCACUUCACCUAUUUUAACGACCAUUGGAAACAAGGUUGUUUUGGUAUUGAAUGGCGAUGCUGGUCCAACUUCAAAUGCAGUCACCAUUGCCUACUUCCCACCAACACCAUGGAUCUCAUCAAUUUCACCAAGCUCAGUACAACUGGAUAGUUUGCAAACUGUUACCAUCCAAGGAAGUAACUUCCAAUCGGGAUUGACAACUUUGAAAGUUAGAAACAUCGUGGCAACAAUCUUAUUCAUCAAUUCAACACAGAUACAAUUCACAGCACCAUACAUCGUAUCGAUAAACACAGAAACAGUUAAUGUUGCCAAUUUCUAUUCUCAAGCAACAACUUCAUUAAAAUAUAAUGCACCCACUCCAAUUAUUAAUACGAUCGAUCCUUCUUCAUUGGCAGCUGGAACAUCCAAUAUGAUCACGAUUAGCGGUUCUAAUUUCAUUCCAGGAUUGACAACAGCAGUUCUCUUGGGAUCCAAACCUUGUUCCUCUCAGUUUAUCAACUCAACCACAUUCAUUUGUCUUGCACCAAUCAUCAACUCUAAAGGUCCAGUAGAAAUUCAAGUUAAGAACGACAUCAAUGUAUUUGAUAGCUAUACACUAAAUCUAUUUUAUCCAGGUCCUGUCAUCACCGAGGUUGAUCCAACCACUGCUUACAUCUAUGAAAUGAGACCUGAGGAAAGAGUUGUUACAAUCACAGGUUCCGGAUUUAUCGAUGGAGUUUCAACAGUGACUGUCGGUGAAUAUUCUUGCAAACCAUUCAAUACCAAUAGUAUGUUCAUCUUUUGUGAUAUGCCAAUUGUCACCAAAGAAGGAAUGCUCCCAGUAAAUGUUCACAAUGGACCGGACUUGAUUUCCAACACCAAGUACAUUGAAUAUAUCAAUCCACUGCCACUCAAUUAUAUUUCACCAUCAUACGUUUAUUACCAACAAGAUCAGCAAAUCUCGAUUGUGAUUCACGGUGAGAAUUUCGAUUCAAACAUGGCAAGUAGUGUUGAAAUCAAAAAUUCCGGUUUAUCAUUUAAUUGCGCGAUUUCAUCAGUUACUUCAACUGAAAUCCAAUGCUCAUUAACAAUGAUACCAGUUGGUACUUACGAUGUAUUUUUCCAUUCAAAUGGUCUUCAAUCAAACCCACUCACUUUUGCAGUUCUCGACAGACCACUCUCUUGUUUGUCAGCAACAGGAACACCAGUAUCUUGGUGGUUCGCCAGAAAGAUUCCACAAUCUCAAAACUACAUCUACUUUGACAGUGAAUCUCAAGAUAUGCAGUACCUUGCUUCCAUUUCCUCGACUACCAAUUGCUUAUCGUUGACUCUUGAUCAGAUCAAACAAGACCCCAACACUCACAAUGGAUACGUUGCAUAUAAUGACCAUGCUUGGUUAGAUAACAUGUCAGGUGAAUUGACUCGUUCAAUCAAUGGAACCUUCAACAUGAAUCAUUCACUUGGAAAAGGUAUUCUCGUAGCACACACCUAUUUCAAUGCCACCUAUUCACCUGGAUUCCAUAUUAAACAUUCACUCGAAGGAUUCCCAGUUCCUGCUGGCGACGGUUCAUUUAAAACACCAUCACAAUAUCCAACCAGUUGGUUCCCUAACGACUAUCGUCUUCGUCCAAAACAAGCUGAUGAUUUCUCAUUUGGACAUUCUUUCCUAUGUCAUAGCUUUGUUGAUUCAUCAGAAACUCUGAAUGCAGUCCAAGCAACCAAACCAUUCAUCUACUCCAGCAACAGAUAUAACUAUCGUAUCAAUAUUAUGUCACCGCUGUUUAAUGACAGUACAAUGACAUCGUUCCUCUCAUCGAGUUGGUCAAAUAGUUACUUUGUUUCCUCUGGAUACAAACAGAAUAUCUUCACACCAAUCGGAUUAGUUCCAAUGUCGAUUACUCUCCCAUCCAGAUACAGAAUACCACCAGGUGCUGUUGCCGUAAUUGAAACCAAGUUACCAUUGAAAUUCGUAAAACAAAACAAUAUCUCAUUAGCUAUUUCACAGUGGAAAUCAGAGGUUGAUCGUAGUUUCCUUGGUUUCAAUGAUACUCAUCUCUGUUUGGGUGACUACACUGCCAAGACUACUAUUGGUGGUGGUAUUGCAGUUUGCGUCAAACCAAAGGCACAAUUCGCUCAAUUCUUUAUUGAAACAAUCUUUAAAUAUCAAAUAGAGAAUUGCACAUCACAGCAGUGCUCCAACAAAGAGAUUAAGAAUCAAUAUCUAAUCUCAAUUAAAUCUAAAUUGCUAUUGGAUAAUACCUAUGGAGAUGCCGAUCAAUUGCUUUCACAAUAUUUAGAAUCGGUCGAUCCACUUUUACCAAAUACCAAACUCUCGAUAACCAGUGUUGAAUGUACCACUCAGUUCUGUCCAUUGAAUCAAACCAAUCCACAGACCUACCAAACAGAUUCAGUUGCCAUAUUCUCAUUCCGUGGUAUCUACCAACCUAAAUUCACUGUCCUCUUACAAACAAUCAAUGAAACCAUAUCAGUAAAGAGCUUGGAUGGAAACGUUUACACAUUCCCAACCUACAAUGUAUCAGGAUCAUACGUACCACAAACAAACAACAAUGUAAAGAGUCAAAAUAUAAUCUAUAUCUAUAAACUAUUGCAACUAUCCAAAGCCAUAAGAGAUAGUCUUGGUUAUGGAUCAUUAGAGUCGUUGUUCAGAGCACUAAGUUAUGAUCUUUUGUUACAAUUGAAUGGUGGUAUCUCAACCACUGAUUUACCAGUGACAUUGAACGAUUUCGAAAGUUUCGGAUCAUCUAAACAAUCAGCACUUCUUGGUGGUUUAGUCAACUAUGUCGCUAUGAAACUACGUGAACUUACUCUACCAACAUUACCAAAGAGCACAGUUCGAUCACUCAUUGACCAAAAUGGAGAAUCAAUCGAUCUUGAAUGGUUCAAUAACAAUGCACUUAGAAGACCACCAUACAGUGACAACAACGACGGUUAUCAAAUUGAUUUCAUCUCGAUACUCAACAAUACAAAAUCGAUUGUAUCAACCAGCGAUAUCUUAACAUUCUCAGAAUCACUUUUCGAUAUGCAAGCCUCGCAUCCGUAUCACCAAUUAAUCAUUUCAAAUGCAAGAUCAAUCAUGAAAUACAAUAAUAUCUUUGAGUGUAAUUAUUGUAAAGUUUCAGCAAGUACUCCUUCGGACCCAUCUGAUUUCAAGAAUGUUUUACAAUCACUUGGAAUCUGUCAAUCGACAAUCGACGCAACUUUAAUUCCACCAAUUUCAGAAGUACAGAAUUUCGCAUCAUCUUGGAUUUCCUCAGCAGAUCCACCCAGUAAUUGGUUAACAAACCAAGCUAUCAAUGUCGUAUAUUCUCAACAAUUUGCCAAAUUCUAUAAUAAUUCAAAGCUUUUGGAAUCAUUGUUACAAGUUGUCGAUCCAACACUCUGUGAGUUUGGAAUUGAAAAUGGAUACCUUGUCACACCGAAAGGUUUGGAAAUACUCACAAGAGUUCUUACCAAUCAAAUCAACAUUGCCAAGAAGCGUUUAGUUUAUAACGAAGUUGAAACAUUCUUUGUACCAACAAAUAGCUCAACUGGUUUGGUAAUCAUCACCUACAAAAACUAUCUAUGCAAUUUCAGCAUGUCAAGUGAAUCUGAUUUUGAAAGUGGUGCCAUCCUUUCGAUAUGUCCCAGUGGUCCUAUUGUAACAAAUAUCACAGGUACCAACGGACCAACUCAUUCCAACGACAAUGCCAUUACAUUAGUUGGUCACAAACUAUCGGAAAUAGGUGUUCAAGUCAAGGUUGGUUCAAAGAUUUGUCAAGUUCAAACAGCAACAGAUAAUCAAUUGAUUUGUACUGUUGGUCAAGGUGUUGGUGUAUAUCCAAUCACCUAUUCCAAUAUCAAUAGUAAACUACCUCAAGAAACACCAUUGUCACAAUAUAUCUAUUCCUACGAUAUUCCAGUGAUUAAAUCUCUCACAACAGUGAGUUGGCCAGUUAAAACAGUUGGUGAUAGAGUAACUAUCAAUGGAAGAAACUUUGGUUUCGAUAAUAUUGAUACAACUCUUAUUGUUGAUAACUAUCAACAUCCAAUUGUUCAAUUCUUGUAUGAUGCGAGCAGUGGUGUUGAAUCACUGGUAUUCAUUACCAAUGGAACUGGUCUGGAUAAACUCAUUACCAUUAAUGUGGCCAACCAAACCACUGAAGACAAUAUGGAUUUCUCAAUGGAUUAUAAAGAACCAGUGAUCAAUUCGAUUUCAAUUAAUACAUACCCAAGUCCUGGUGGAGGUGAGAUGACUGUUACCGGAAACUAUUUUGGUGAGACAAACAGUGCAAUCACCAUCUAUAUCGGAUCAGCCAGUUGUGAUAUCUCCCAGAGAAUUGACGAUAGUACUGCAAUCUGUAUCAUACCAGCACAUGUUGGAGUCAAUACAGUUUCAAUCUUUGUAGACGGUCAGAUCUCGCCAGAUGGACCAACAUUCACUUAUCCAAUUCCAAAGAUCGAACAAGUCAUACAACCAAACUCAACCAACACAUCGACAGGUGGAGUGUUCUGGGUGGUCGGAUCUGAUCUCGGACCUCUUGGUAUGUCCGAUUACAAUGUCACCGUACAUCUCAAUGUUUUUGUUGAAUGCCAAAUGGAUAUUGAUUGUCACUAUAACCAGAAAUACGAAGAUAAAGAUGGAAAUGAAAUAGCAACUCCAACCGAUCCAUAUUUCUAUGGAGAGUUCGAUCCUUAUAUCCUCAUAAACGAAACAUACAGAACCACCGUUAAUUUCGAUUGUAUCAUUUGUUAUCUUCCUCCAGGUGUUGGAUAUAAUAUUCCAGUCAAUCUCUCUUAUCACGAGUACUUCUCGAAUAUUGACUACAGUGGAGUUGCAUACAACAGACCAACCAUAAUGAAUCUAACAGAGUAUCAAUCCAAUACUGAUGGAGGUGGUGAUAUUACUAUUUUCGGAUAUGAUUUCGCUCCUAAUGAAAUCAACAUAACCGAUAUUUAUUCAGAGUAUAUUCUCGAUCCAAGAUAUGAUACUUUCGAAGGACCUAUCACCUUCAGUAACUCCAGCAUCGGAACUUAUCUCAUUCACAACAUCUCAUUUACCAACUCAUCAAUGGUACAUGGUGUAAUUCCACCUGGUAUUGGUGCAAACUUAACAGUUUCAAUAUUUGUUGGUGGUCAAAAAUCAUUAGAGUCUAUCAAUUUCUCAUAUAAUCCUCCAACAAUAAACAAUGUAACAAGUUCAAAUACAACAGGUUCAUCUAUAACCAUCGAAGGAUUAAACUUUGUUCCAAAGAAUGUUGAUCCACUUAACUCCAACAUAACAAUCAAUAAUAUAUUGUGUUCUGACAUUGAAUGGAUUGAUUCAUCUAAAAUCAUUUGCAACUCACCAUCUGGAAUUGGAAAAGAUUUACCAUUAAUUCUCUUUGUCGGUAAUCAAUCUACAAAUACAAUGUUUAGAUAUAAUGCUCCAACUUUGGAUAAUACAAAGUAUUAUGGUGAUCCAUCAGGAGGUGAUUGGAUUACAAUUAAAGGUGAAAACUUUAUACCAUCUGAACAUGUUGGACCAGUCAAUCAAAGACAACAAGAUUCCAAUAAUUCAAUUUCCAUUGAUGGACAACAAUGUCAAUCAUUUGAAUGGAUAGAUCACAACACAGUUCGAUGUCAAAUCCCAAGUGGUACAGGUAAAAACAAAGAGAUCAAGAUUAUUGUCGGUACUCAACCAACAUCAGAACCAAACCAACUCUUUGAUUAUAAAUCACCGAUUGUCACUUCAAUCUCUCCAAAUACAGCUGAUCGUGACCAAAAUACAUUGGUAACGAUCACAGAAACACCGAGGAAAUUAUCAGUGUUACACUUGAUGGUGAAAAAAUCACAAGAAACCAACGUUACAUACACCUAUACUGGUGAACCAACUAUUGAUUAUAUCAGCCCAGAAUCUGGAUCAGUAGAUGGUACUUAUCAAUUAGAUAUUUCUGGUAAAUUCUUCAAGAAUGGUGAAAUCUCUCCAACUGUCAAUUUCAAUUUACAAGCAGCUACCAUUGUAUCAUCUUCAGAUACUUCCAUCACAAUUACAGUGCCUUCAGGUGGUGGAAAAGAUAUUCCCAUUACAGUGUCUGUUGGAUCACAAACCAGUAAUACAAACACUGAUUUCUCAUAUAAUCCACCUUCAAUCACUCUGAUCACACCCAACCAAGGAAAAUACAACCAACCAACCUCAGUUGUAAUUUCAGGUUCCAAUCUUGGUUUACCAGGUCAGUCAUUGCUCACUCACAUAUUAAUUGGUGCAGUAUCAUGCUCAAAUAUCCAAGUUCAGUCAUCACAAAGUGUAUCUUGUACAAUUCAACCAUCUGGAGUUCCAGGAGAAUUCCCAGUUGAACUUUCUUUCUAUUCACAAAGCACAACCAGUCAGUUUACCUUUACAAAUGAUAAUCAAGACUCAACUACAACAACAACUUCAACCACAACUACAUCAACCACUUCAAAUCCAACAACCGAUACUCCAACUACCGGUACAACUUCAACAACUUCAACAACUGGAACAACUACUCCAACUACAGCCAAUCCAAGCACUGGUACAACAACUCCAACUACUGGUACAACUGCAUCCCCAACCACUGGUACAACUGUAUCACCAACUACUGGAACAACAACACCAACUACUGGUACAACCGCAACACCAACAACAGGUACAACUGUAUCACCAACUACUGGUACGACAGCAUCCACAUCAGUUACUACAACAACCACAACACCAACAACAGAUGUUCAAACAACAAGUACUACUGGCUCUACCGAAGAAAUUACUGAACAAGUGAUUUAUAUUCUUCGUGUUGAGAAAAUCAUUUGGGGUGUAAAUCCAUCUAUUAAAGUGAAAAUAAUGAUAAAGACUACAAUAGCUCCUUGCUCUGGAUGUCCACCAAUCGGAAGUGUUGUAACUGGACCAUCAAUAUUAAAUUUAGUCACACCUCCAGAUUUCCCUUACCCAAUUACUGACAUCCAAUGGUUUAAAUUCAUGAGAGUAGAUAUCACUGGAUGGGAACUCGACAGAUACAGAAUUUUAUCAAGAUUCAGAUUCAGAUUUGGAUUCAAACUACUCAGUGGAAAUGGAUGGUUCUGUGACUUUGACAGUUCCUCCUCAGACGAUAGACCUGGUGAAGACGACCCAGAACCUGAAUUCCCAGAUUGGAUGAAUCCAACACCAGGAAGCAUUCCAGAUCCACCUGCAUUACUCUUUGAAACCAAGAUCACAGGUAAACUCUACGAUGACAGAAACUUCAAUGGUCAAUUCGAUGGAGAUGACAUUCAACUGAAUGGCGAUGGUUUACAGAUUGGAUUGAUCUCUGAUGAUGAUACUUACACUCAAGGUACAAUCAAAGAUGAUGGAACCUAUGAAAUUAAAACAACAAGACAACUUGGUUACUACGCAAUCAUGGUCAGUGCAUCACCAAACUUUGGAGAAAACUACUUCUUGCCACAAUCAAGAUUCCAUGCUCCAUUCACAUUCGAAGGCUAUGAACAAGACAUUCCAGUUUUCAAGAAAACACCAAAUGGAUGUAUUGGUGUAGCUUCAACAGCAUCAAAGAAUGUUACGUUACAAUAUGGACAAUAUGAUUUGUUGAACUUUGAUUUCUUCUCAUAUGAAACAAUUACAACAAGUUUCCCAGAUUAUUGUCAAGUUACUCUAUCUGGUACUGAUAUUAAUAUCAACUACAGUAUGUUUUAA